CGCGCGCAGAGGCAGCGCUUGUAUGUGCCGCUCUUUGCUCUACCGCGACCGACACGGUGUCCGUAACUGGUGUUCGGAAAAUUGUGCAUGUGCGUUUUCCGACGAGAGCAGUGUGUGUGCUAGUGAGAUGUGCUGUUGUUUUCUAGGAUCGGUUUAUACGCAGAACAUCAUCUAGUACGAAUGAGAACAAAGUGCUUAAGUGCAAAAUUAUAAAGAAACAAUCACUUAUUGGCCUGUAGAUAAUCUUAAAAUUAACAAUCACAGCCAAUAAAUUGCAACGAGCGCGCUUGCUGCCGCGCCGUUGUCGUCAACUAAAUAUCUGUAGACAGUCGCGUCGCGCGCGGUUCCUUCUCCUGUCGCUGAAGCUGUCAGUGCUUGCCGGAGUCGCGCGACUCGGCCGGCACGCCCCGACAUAGCCGUGGAUAACCUCGGCCAAAGCCCCCUUCCGGUGAAGAGGCUGCACGAAGCGCUUCAGAGUGCGCAAGUGAAGCGCCAGCGGCUCUCCCCUCCGUAUCCCGCACCCCCCGCGCCCCUUCACCCAAUACACCAACUCGCCGUACACCAACAUAUCAAAGUGCAGCAAAGCAUAGUGCAACAGAGCAUCGUGCAGCAACAUCAACUGAAUCUGGCCCACCAGUCGUUGCAGAACCUGCAAGCGCAAAGUUUGCAAGCCGCUCAGCAAAGCCUUCAAGCGGCACAGAGUCUGCAGGCUGCUCAAGGGCUGCAAUCAGCUCAGAGCCCAGCGGCUACAGGCGGCGCAGGCACGCAGCAGGCGACAGGAGCAACACAAGGCGCGCUGGUGCCGCCGCAGCAACCAUCACCGCGGGCCGCUUCUCCGCAACAUAAGAGCAUGGAGCUUGCACUGUGCCAGAGUAUGGAUUCCGUCAAUACCGCAACCACUGAGGAAGAGGUGCGGACGCUGUUCGUGAGUGGACUGCCCAUGGACGCCAAGCCAAGGGAACUCUAUCUGCUGUUUCGAGCUUACGAAGGAUACGAAGGUUCGCUGCUGAAGGUUACUAGCAAAAAUGGAAAAACAGCAUCCCCGGUCGGUUUCGUCACGUUUCACACUCGGGCCGGAGCUGAGGCCGCUAAGCAAGAUCUUCAGCAGGGCGUCCGGUUCGACCCCGACAUGCCGCAAACGAUUCGGCUGGAGUUCGCUAAAAGCAACACGAAGGUCAGCAAGCCGAAGCCGGCAGUUGCCACAGCCGCGCCAGCUGCACACCCCGCAUUGAUGCACCCACUCACUGGACACUUAGCCAGUCCCUUCUUCCCUGGAGGGGGCGCUGAGCUGUGGCAUCACCCGUUAGCUUACGGAGGGGAGCUGCCGACAUUGUCGCACGGGCUGGUCCAUCCCGCCAUCCAUCCUCAGAUGGCGCCCACCCCCUUGACGCUAGGCGCAUGCGUACUACCAGCCCCAGCGCUGGGCUCGCCGGGAGCCGCGGUCCCGGCGCAUGCGCCCGCGCCGCCCGCGCACCCCGCGCACCCCGCGCACCCUGCGCCUCCCUGCUCGACGCUCUUUGUCGCUAACCUCGGACAAUUCGUCUCCGAGCACGAACUCAAAGAGAUAUUCAGCAGCUGCCCGGGUUUCUCGCGACUGCGGCUUCUGACGGCCGGUAGCGGCGGCGGCUCUGGUCCGGUCGCGUUCGUCGACUUCGUUACCCCGAGCGACGCGGCGACCGCCAUGGCCCGCCUGCAGGGCGCUCUGCUCCUCAGCUCAGAGGGGGCCAUCCACCUCGAAUUCGCGAGGCAUAAGUUGGCACACAACGGCUGGAUACUCGCACACGAACAGGGAGCCAAAGGCGGAGAAGAGGGCGAACAGCAUUAACUCGUUCGUGGCACUCGGCACUUGACAACCGGCCAACUGAGCGGCGCCGCGCUGCGCGUGCGCGUGCGCGGCGCGCGGCGGCGGCGGCUGAACGUUUGUUGGCAAAACGCUCUCCUCGUUUAUGUUUUUCAUCUGUAGCGUCAGGGGUGUGAUGUAAUUUGUUGAUACCAAAUUUAGCGUAAAUUUUUAUUAUAUUAACAUUCCAGUUUAAUUGUUUACCGUUCACGAUGAAAAUAUUAUUUGAAAUUAUUAUUAACUUUUAUUGUAUAACGUGUUUAUUUAAUUCAUUUUUUUUAUGUAAUAUAAGAUUUAUUUACAAGUGACUUAUUGUACGAUAACGUUUGUGUAUUCGUUUCUCCGAGGCCGAUUACACAACUGAGACGUUCUGUUAUGGAUAUAGUGUAAUAUCAGAAAUUAAACAUUUUAGGAUAUAUCACAUUCGAGUAAGCUAAAAACCAAAGGUGCCCUUCAUAGAAAGAUUACGUUUUGUUGAUAAUAUUUCAAGUUGAAUGAUUUUAAAUGAAGUUGUAUGUAAUGAUGACGAUACUUUUGUUUUAGUCUCGAUAGUGUUAGCGUAUUUAAAUGAAUUUUCAUUAAUAUCUCAAAUUAUAUUUACCUAAUGCUUUUUAGUAAUUUUUAUAAUGUUCGAUCACUCGUUAAAGCGCUGGCACACUAGCGUUGGUUUACGAUCCUUCUAUCUGUAUAUGGGAUAAAGAUGAAAUGCAAUAAUGUAAAGAUGUAACAAUCGUUACGCGAGGCCCUCGGCGUCGCUCGUGAAGUGCAGUACACUGCCGAACGCGCCCCACCCGCGCUCGGGCUCGCAUCGUGCGCGCCGACCGCCCUGAUGUCUACUCGUCUGUCCGCACCCUAAUGUCUCGUGCCUUGUGGAAACUUCUCCCUGAAACCGCGUCAAUCUCGAACCGCGUGAACAUUUUCCGUUGUUUUCUUUUGGACUCGGUAGACAUUUCGGUCUCUCCGUGCGUACGAUGCGACAUCAUCGAGCAGGGUUCAGUCUCGCUGGGAGAAUUUAGCCUUGGCCUUAUGAGAGUUAAAUAACUAUAUGUAAUCAUUAUAUUAUUAAUUAUUAGUAAUAAUUAUACGGCGACACGCGCCAAGCUGAAUAGUAAAACAGUUAUUCUAUUUGCAUGCUUUGACGAGCUUUUUGGUAAUACUAAUUUAAAACUUAGUAGUAACUUUAAUUGUGUAAUCUUUAGGUAAAUAUUAUAAUACUAGAUAAGGGUAUUUAUUGUAGACGAUCUGCAUAGUUACGUUACAAUUAAUUGAAAGUUAUUCUUACAUAAUAAUGAAGCAGUGUAUGAUGUUGAAUCUAUUGUGUUAGGGUUAAUCAAAUGGAAAAUUAAUAUAUUUUUUAUUUUUAGCUAGUUGAGUAUCGCGUAUAGAAGGUACUCGCUGAGCGCGUCACACGCGCGACGCGAAUUUGUCACUUCGUUUCGGAUGCGAAAUAGCAAUAAACCAAAAAUGAAUUCUUAAUGUUUAUAUUAUAGGUAUCUAGAAACGUAUUCCGCUGAUGUAAACAUUUAAAAAUUAUACAAAAAAAAAAGUAAAAAAAAAUAAUAUAAAUAAAUCCCUGCUUAGGCUAUUUUAAUAAGAUUUCGGAUAUUUCGGUUGAAAUCUUGACGCGACAGAUAUCAAGUGAGCGUUCACUGGAUCCUCGUCGUGAGCCGGUUUAUUCCGCAUGUGAAUUCUUAUGAAAGUCUCUUAGUCAAUAUUUAAUAGAAAUAUGUCAAUUUUUGACUUAGCAAAAUUUUAUACGUUAUUUAUAGUGACUGUAACUAUCACGAUAUACCGAGCGUCAUGGCGUAUAGACCAAAGAUAAAAGAUAUACAUUACUUAAUACUAACCUCAAACCAAACGUACCAAACAUUAUCUCGUGGCCUACACACUGACAGACGGAUUUUAAAUCGAUUGUAUACAUAUAUAUAUAUAUAUAUAUAUAUAUAUAUAUAUAUACAGAUAUUACGCAAACGUUCUAAUUAUAUACAUAAUAUGUAUUGUAAUGGCGAUUUUAAAUCGUAACUUGUUUUUCCGGGUAAUUGAUAUAAACGCUUAUAUAUAUAUUCAACAUUGCAAAAUAAUUAGUUUUCAGUUUAAUGUAAAAAUCGACGUCAAUGUGUGGAGCCAGCAUUAGUUAAAUCUCUUAGAAAUAACUAAAUAUUUAUAAAAAAAAAUAUUGAUCGAUUUUUAAUUUAUAACGAAAUUCCUAAAAAUAUAAAACUCGGUUUCUCUUGGUAUUCGUAUUUCACUGUCUGUUUUAAUAGUUAAGCUAAGUCAAUGUUUACUUAUUUAAUUCGAUAUAUAACGCUAAUUCGUAUGUAAGUUGUGUAAUAGUGUAUUAGUGAUCUCCCAAAACUUCGGCGCCCGGAGUCCCCGACCGCGGAUAAUACAACGAAAAGUUUUAAAUUUCUUUUCCGUUGUUAUUUCCCAAGCUGCGUGGUAACUUCAGCUCUAUUUAUUUAUAGCCUCUCGCUGUGCAAAUGAUUUAGGAAUUUAAAAAGCUAUUAAGAUCUUUUAUAUAAAUAUAUAUCUCUACGUAACUAUAUAUAAAUUGGAGGAGAAACUAUUUUUCGUAUAUAUAUAAAAGUAACCACGAAGCUUGUCGAUUGAGUUACGUUACUACUUACGGCAGUACUAUCGCGUGCUAUCCGAGGGGAGGUGAGGCGUCGCGAGAGGGGCUCGGGCGCCGCCAUGAUUCCGUCCAACCGUAGCUAGCGAGUAAGAGACGUCCAGUGGCUACGAACACGGCUACGUCAUUUGCGGGACUACUCGAGACAUAUCAUCGUGUAAUAUUAAUGUGUAAUUAGAAUUAAUAUGCGGUUUCAUAGAGACUUUUAUUCAGUAUACUCGUCUACUACUUGUAAUGCAUUCGGCUACAUGUCACGCUAUAUCAGUAUCGAGUUUACGUUGUCGGAACCGACGCUUGGAAUUCGCUCCACUCCGUCUUCGAAUAUUUUCGCUUCGGUGUUACGUUGUAUGGGAAACGAGCCGGUGAAUGAUUUGUUGAAGUUUAUCGUUGAAUCGAGUAGCUUGUUCUCGGAGUGUCGGCUGGAGCCGCGUGACAUUGGCCCGCAUGUGAUAGGGUAGUGUAGGGGGUAGCGUCGCCUUGCAAGUUAGGUUAAGUGAAGCGGUAAGACACAAACACCGUACAUCGGAAACAUAUCAAUACUGUGCCCCUUAAUAAAUAAUUAAAUACUAAUCUAAGAGAUACAUAUGAAUAGCAUAAACAAAAUAAUCGUUCGGAGUAUCAGAUAUAUACUAAGUGUUGUUUUCGUACGUUGAACAAUUAAUGAGGCGGUUAGGACGUUUUCGAGAUGUGAAUCGUUACGCAUAGUACCCGAGUAGUUGCGCGCAAUUUAUUUUAACUUACCGCAAUAGAUCUUUAAAUGUAUUUUUUAUUGUUAUACUUAGGCUAAUGUUUAAUAUGGCUUAAUUACCAAAAUAUUUUUAGCGAUUCGCUUCGUAUUCAGUAUUAAAGAACUUUUGAUUUUCCGUGACGGGAGCUAGCGCGUUGCUAGGUCUUAUUUGUAUAUCGAGCAAAUUAAAUCAUACAAAAUAUAUAGUUAGUAAUUAAUUGUUAGAUUUGUGUGACUUGAAUUAUUUAAAGCUUUUAGAGCAGAGGUAACGUGUUAUUGUGAUUUAAGAAAUAAAAAAAAAAACAUAAUGACAUUGUAAAAAAUAGUGAUAAAUUUAGCUUAAUUAUUAUCAUUAUUACAAUUUUUAUAGAUGUUCAUUAAUUUUCUUUCCUUACUUCAUGGACUAUUGUGGCAUUGGAGACGUCAUUGUUAAUUCAAAUAAAAUUGAGCUCAUCCUCAAUCGAAGUUUUCAUUCAACCGAUCCCUUCGAACUCGCUACCGAUCAAGUCUCCAAACAGAUAUUGACCGAAGUUCUUCAGAGAUUCAGCUAAACUUUUCAAUUAAACGUGUUUUAUUGGACAAGAAACAUUCUAUUCGAACAAAUUAAUGAAUUAUUCGAGUUUACUGUUCUAUUUUGUCAAUUUUCUUGUUAUAAUUGAGACAUAUUAGUAAAAUAUAGGUGUAUUAUAGAAUAACCCAAAUUAGAUAUAAUUAUUAAACAGUUGGCUUUGGAAUAUGCUUUGUAGAUUAACUGCUUUCUCGCGUCAUCUUGUAAAACGAUUUUAUUUUGUGUAAUUACGAAUGCAAUUGUUUUACAACGAAGAUGUUAUAAAAUGUGGAAGCGCUAAUAAACUUUCUUAUUUCGAUAAUGAUUUUGUGAAAGUGUUGUAUUUAUGUUAUAAUUAGUUUUAAAGCAUUAUAGGGUCCAAAGAUUGGGAAUAAAACAUAUGUGACAAAAUA